CCGCCCAGUAUUCCUCUGCAGCCUUGCGAACAGAACAUCUUCAGAGGAGAGAGAACACAGUAAAAAGACCGCAGGUAGCGGUACUUCUGCUGCCAGCAUGUCGGGCACAGCUACAGUGCUGCAGCAGUUCGUGAGUGGCCUCAAGAGUCGGAAUGAGGACACAAGGGCCAAAGCUGCUAAAGACCUCCAGCAUUAUGUCACUACAGAGCUGAGAGAAUUAAGCCAAGAUGAAGCCACCACUUUCUAUGAUGAGCUGAAUCACCACAUAUUUGAGCUGGUCUCCAGCUCUGAUGUAAAUGAGAAAAAGGGCGGUAUUCUUGCUAUUGUGAGCUUGAUCGGAGUUGAGGGGGGCAAUGCCACCAGGAUCAGCCGUUUCGCCAACUACCUGCGCAACCUGCUGCCCUCCAGUGACUCUGUGGUCAUGGAAAUGGCCUCUAAAGCCAUGGGGCAUCUGUCUAUGGCGGGGGACACGUUCACUGCUGAGUAUGUGGAGUUUGAAGUAAAGAGGGCUCUGGAGUGGCUGGGAGCAGACAGGAAUGAGGGUCGUCGUCAUGCAGCGGUGCUGGUAUUGCGGGAACUGGCCGUCAGCGCACCCACCUUCUUCUUCCAGCAGGUGCAGCCAUUUUUCGACAACAUCUUCUAUGCAGUGUGGGACUCUAAGCAGGCCAUUCGCGAGGGGGCAGUUUCUGCCCUCCGGGCCUGCCUGAUCCUCACGACUCAGAGAGAGACCAAGGAGAUGCAGAAGCCUCAGUGGUACAAGCAAACCUUUGAAGAGGCAGAGAAAGGUUUUGACGAGUCCCUGGCCAAAGAGAAAGGUAUGAACAAGGACGACAGGGUCCACGGAGCCUUGCUGAUUCUGAAUGAGCUGGUCCGCAUCAGCAGCAUGGAGGGGGAGCGGAUGCGAGAAGAAAUGGACGAGAUUACUCAGCAACAGCUGGUUCAUGACAAGUACUGUAAGGAGCUGAUGGGCUUCGGCACAAAACCACGGCACAUCACUCCUUUCACCAGCUUCCAGUCAGUGCAGCCGCCCCAAUCCAACGCUCUACUGGGACUUCUGGGCUACAGCAGCCCGCAGGGGUUCCUCAGCUUCGGCGCUGUGCCAGCACCAUCCAAAAGCACACUGGUAGAAAGCCGCUACUGUCGAGAACUGAUGGAGGAACGAUUUGAUCAGGUGUGUCGCUGGGUUCUGAAAUACAGGACUACUAAAAAUCCUCUCAUCCAGAUGACCAUUCUCAACUUACUCCCUCGUCUCGCUGCCUUCCAACCACACACCUUCACCGAUCAGUAUUUGUCAGACACUAUGGGACAUCUGCUGGGCUGUCUGAAGAAGGAGAAAGAGCGCACAGCUGCAUUCCAAGCCCUGGGGCUGUUGGUGGUGGCUGUGAGGACUGAAAUACAACCUUACCUCACCAAGAUCCUGGAGAUCAUAAAAGCAGCACUGCCACCUAAGGAUUUUGCACACAAGAGACAGAAGACCAUGCAGGUAGAUGCCACAGUGUUCACCUGUAUCAGCAUGCUGUCUAGAGCCAUGGGACCAAGCAUUCAGCAGGAUAUUAAGGAGCUGCUGGAGCCAAUGCUAGCUGUUGGGCUUAGUCCUGCAUUGACAGCUGUGCUGUAUGACUUGAGCCGCCAAAUUCCUCAACUGAAGAAGGACAUCCAGGACGGGCUGCUGAAGAUGCUUUCACUGGUUCUGAUGCAUAAACCACUUCGACACCCAGGCAUGCCUAAAGGCCUGGCCCACCAGCUAGCCUCGCCCAGCCUCACCAACAUCCCAGAGGCCAGUGAUGUUGGCAGCAUCACGCUGGCCCUGCGCACCCUGGGCAGCUUUGAGUUUGAAGGCCAUUCCCUGACACAGUUUGUGCGGCACUGCGCCGAUCACUUCCUGAACAGCGAGCACAAAGAGAUCCGCAUGGAAGCAGCACGCACCUGCUCACGCCUGCUCACCCCCUCCAUCCACCUGAUCAGCGGCCACGGCCAUGUGGUCAGUCAGACUGCCGUGCAGGUGGUGGCAGAUGUCCUUAGCAAACUGCUGGUAGUGGGAAUCACUGAUCCAGAUCCUGAUAUCCGUUACUGUGUGCUGGCCUCUCUGGACGAGCGCUUUGAUGCCCAUCUGGCCCAAGCUGAGAAUCUGCAGGCGCUCUUUGUGGCAUUAAAUGAUGAGGUGUUUGAAAUCCGAGAGCUGGCCAUCUGCACCAUCGGUCGUCUCAGCAGCAUGAACCCGGCCUUCGUUAUGCCCUUCCUGCGUAAGAUGCUUAUACAGAUCCUGACUGAAUUGGAGCACAGUGGCGUGGGCCGGAACAAGGAGCAGAGUGCCCGCAUGCUUGGACACCUUGUGUCUAAUGCCCCCAGGCUCAUCAGACCUUACAUGGAGCCCAUUCUUAAGGCACUCAUUCUGAAGCUGAAAGAUCCAGAUCCCAACCCUGGUGUAGUCAUCAGUGUCCUAGCCACCAUUGGGGAGUUGGCCCAGGUGAGUGGACUGGAAAUGAGAAAGUGGAUGGAUGAGCUUUUCCCCAUUAUCAUGGACAUGCUUCAGGAUUCAUCAUCACUGGCAAAAAGACAGGUGGCGCUGUGGACCCUGGGCCAGCAGGUGGCUAGUACUGGCUAUGUGGUGGAGCCCUACAGAAAGUACCCCUCUCUUCUGGAGGUGCUGCUGAACUUCCUGAAGACUGAGCAGAACCAGGGCAUCAGACGAGAGGCUAUCCGUGUGCUGGGCCUUCUUGGUGCCCUGGACCCUUAUAAGCACAAGGUUAACAUUGGCAUGAUUGACCAAUCCCGUGAUGCUUCUGCUGUGAGCCUGUCAGAGUCCAAGUCCAGCCAGGACUCGGCCGACUACAGCACAAGUGAGAUGCUGGUGAACAUGGGCAACCUGCCUCUGGACGAGUUCUACCCUGCGGUUGCCAUAGUGACUCUGAUGCGCAUCCUGCGUGACCCUUCGCUUUCCAAUCACCACACUAUGGUGGUGCAGGCUGUUACCUUCAUCUUCAAGUCUCUGGGCCUCAAGUGUGUGCAGUUCCUGCCCCAGGUCAUGCCCACAUUCCUCAACGUCAUCCGAGUGUGUGAUGCCAGCAUUAGAGAGUUUCUGUUCCAGCAAAUGGGGAUGGUGGUUUGCUUUGUCAAGAUCCACAUCCGGCCGUACAUGGACGACAUUUUCACCCUGAUCCGGGAGUACUGGACCCCAAACAACCCAAUGCAGAACACCAUCAUUCUGCUCAUCGAACAGAUAGUCGUUGCUCUGGGAGGAGAGUUCAAGCUGUACCUGCCCCAGCUCAUCCCACACAUGCUGCGCGUCUUCAUGCACGACAACAGCCCCGGACGAAGCGUAACCAUCAAGCUGCUCAUGGCCAUCCAGCUGUUUGGUGCCAACCUAGAUGACUACCUCCACCUGCUGCUGCCUCCUAUAGUCAAGCUGUUUGAUGCCCCUGAUGUUCCUCUGCAAGCUCGCAAGGUUGCCUUGGAGACCUUAGACCGCUUGACCGAGUCACUGGACUUUACUGACUACGCUUCCCGAAUCAUACACCCCAUCGUGCGCACUCUGGAUGGAACUCCUGAACUGAGAAGCACUGCAAUGGACACCUUGUCCUCUUUGGUUUUCCAACUUGGCAAAAAGUACCAGAUCUUUAUCCCCAUGGUGAACAAAGUGAUGUUGAGGCACCGGAUCAACCACCAGCGCUACGAUGUGCUCAUCUGUCGCAUUGUCAAGGGCUACACUCUGGCUGAUGAAGAAGAGGACUCUCAGAUAUACCAGCAUCGCCAGUCCCGUGGUAACCAAGGUGACGCGCUGGUGAGCGGUCCAGUGGAAUCGGGCCCAAUGAAGAAGUUGCACGUCAGCACAACUGCACUUCAGAAGGCAUGGGGUGCUGCCAGGAAGGUGUCAAAAGAUGACUGGUUGGAAUGGCUGCGGCGUCUCAGCGUGGUUCUGCUGAAGGAGUCAUCCUCUCCUGCCCUGCGCUCCUGUUGGUCCCUCGCCCAGACUUACAUUCCACUCGCCAGGGAUCUGUUUAAUGCUGCAUUCCUGUCCUGCUGGUCUGAGCUCAGUGAAGAUCAGCAGGACGAGCUGAUCCGCAGCAUCGAGCUCGCACUGACCUCGCAGGAUAUUGCUGAAGUCACACAGACCCUCCUCAAUCUGGCUGAGUUCAUGGAGCACAGUGACAAGGGACCCCUUCCAUUGAGGGAUGACAAUGGAAUCGUUCUCCUCGGAGAGAGAGCAGCUAAAUGCCGUGCCUACGCCAAGGCCCUACACUAUAAAGAGCUGGAGUUCCAGAAGGGCCCAUCUCCUCUGAUCCUGGAAUCCCUGAUUAGCAUCAACAACAAGCUGCAGCAGCCAGAAGCCGCAUCAGGAGUGCUGGAGUACGCCAUGAAGCACUUCGGUGAACUGGAGAUCCAGGCCACCUGGUAUGAGAAGCUGCAUGAAUGGGAAGAUGCUCUGGUGGCUUAUGAUAAGAAGAUUGACAUGAAUAAGGAGGACCCCGAGCUCAUCCUGGGCCGCAUGCGCUGUUUAGAGGCGUUGGGUGAAUGGGGUCAGCUACACCAGCAGUGCUGUGAAGAAUGGACUCUGGUCAGUGAGGAGACACAGGCCAAGAUGGCUCGCAUGGCAGCUGCAGCAGCCUGGGGCCUGGGUCACUGGGACAGUAUGGAGGAAUACACCUGUAUGAUCCCCAGGGAUACCCAUGACGGUGCCUUCUACAGGGCAGUUCUCGCUUUGCACCAAGACCUUUUCUCAUUGGCCCAACAAUGCAUCGAUAAAGCUAGAGACUUGCUGGAUGCAGAGCUGACUGCCAUGGCUGGAGAGAGCUACAGCAGAGCCUACGGGGCCAUGGUGUCUUGUCAGAUGCUCUCAGAGCUGGAGGAGGUGAUCCAGUAUAAACUGGUUCCAGAGAGGAGGGACAUCAUCAGGGAGACCUGGUGGGAAAGACUUCAGGGCUGCCAGCGGAUAGUGGAGGACUGGCAGCGCAUCCUGAUGGUGCGUUCUCUGGUCAUAAACCCCCACGAGGACAUGAGGACGUGGUUGAAGUACGCCAGCCUGUGUGGGAAGAGCGGACGACUGGCUUUGGCUCAUAAGACUCUGGUCCUGUUGCUCGGUGUGGACCCAUCCAAACAACUGGACCACCCUCUGCCCACAGCGCACCCUCAUGUGACUUACGCUUACAUGAAAUACAUGUGGAAGAGCGCCCGCAAGAUUGAUGCAUUCCAGCACAUGCAGCACUUCGUGCAGGGCAUGCAGCAGCAGGCGCAGCACGCCAUCGCAGCUGAGGACCAGCAGCACAAGCAGGAGCUGCACAAGCUAAUGGCCAGGUGUUUCUUGAAGCUUGGUGAAUGGCAGCUGAGUCUUCAGGGCAUCAAUGAAAGCACCAUUCCUAAAGUGCUUCAGUACUACAGUCACUCCACCGAGCAUGACCGCAACUGGUACAAGGCCUGGCACGCCUGGGCAGUCAUGAACUUUGAGGCGGUGCUCCACUACAAGCAUCAGAACCAGGGCCGUGAUGAGAAGAAGAAGCUUCGGCAUGCCAGCGGCGCUAGCGGGGCCAGCGCCAACAGCGAGGCUAGCAACAGCGACAGUGAAGCAGACAGCGCUGACCACAGUCCAGUGCCUUCUCCCGGACAGAAGAAGGUCAAUGAGGAUUUGUCCAAAACUCUACUGCUCUACACGGUUCCGGCUGUCCAGGGCUUUUUCAGAUCUAUCUCACUUUCACGAGGAAACAACUUGCAGGACACACUGAGAGUUCUGACUUUGUGGUUUGACUAUGGCCACUGGCCUGAAGUGAAUGAAGCACUUGUUGAGGGAAUCAAGACUAUUCAAAUUGACACCUGGUUACAGGUGAUUCCCCAGCUGAUAGCUCGAAUCGAUACACCCCGUGCGCUGGUGGGACGCCUUAUCCAUCAGUUACUUACAGACAUUGGCCGCUAUCAUCCACAGGCUUUGAUCUACCCACUUACUGUGGCGUCCAAGUCCACCACCACAGCUCGCCACAAUGCUGCCAACAAGAUCCUGAAGAACAUGUGUGAGCACUGCAACACACUGGUCCAGCAAGCCAUCAUGGUAAGCGAGGAGCUGAUCAGGGUAGCCAUCUUGUGGCACGAGAUGUGGCACGAGGGUCUGGAGGAGGCCUCGCGUCUGUACUUUGGAGAAAGGAAUGUGAAGGGAAUGUUUGCUGUGCUGGAGCCUCUUCAUGCAAUGAUGGAAAGAGGACCUCAGACCCUGAAAGAGACUUCCUUCAAUCAGGCUUAUGGUCGUGAUCUGAUGGAGGCUCAGGACUGGUGCAGGAAGUACAUGCGCUCUGGUAAUGUGAAGGAUCUGACCCAGGCCUGGGACCUGUAUUACCACGUUUUCCGCAGAAUCGCCAAACAACUGCCACAGCUCACCUCUCUGGAGCUGCAGUAUGUUUCACCCAAGCUGCUCAUGUGUCGUGACCUGGAGCUGGCUGUACCCGGAACUUAUGAUCCCAAUCAGCCAAUCAUACGCAUCCAGUCCAUCGCCCCUUCCCUGCAGGUUAUCACCUCCAAACAGAGACCACGCAAGCUCACCAUCAUGGGCAGCAACGGGCACGAGUUCAUGUUCCUGCUCAAGGGUCAUGAGGAUCUCCGGCAAGACGAGAGGGUCAUGCAGCUCUUCGGCCUUGUCAACACUUUACUGGCUAACGACCCUGCCUCUCUCCGCAAGAAUCUGAGUAUUCAGAGGUAUGCCGUGAUCCCCUUGUCCACUAACUCCGGCUUGAUUGGGUGGGUUCCUCACUGUGACACCCUGCAUGCUCUGAUUCGAGACUACCGUGAGAAGAAGAAGAUCCUGCUGAACAUCGAGCACAGAAUCAUGCUCAGGAUGGCCCCAGACUAUGACCACCUGACUCUGAUGGAGAAGGUGGAGGUGUUUGAGCAUGCAGUGAAUAACACCGCAGGAGAUGACCUGGCCAAGCUGCUCUGGCUCAAGAGUCCCAGCUCAGAGGUUUGGUUUGACAGGAGGACUAACUACACACGCUCUCUCGCUGUGAUGUCCAUGGUUGGCUAUAUCUUGGGGCUUGGGGACAGACAUCCUUCAAACCUGAUGUUGGACAGACUGAGUGGGAAGAUCCUUCACAUUGACUUUGGAGAUUGUUUUGAGGUUGCAAUGACCAGGGAAAAAUUCCCAGAGAAAAUUCCCUUCCGGUUGACUCGGAUGCUGACGAAUGCCAUGGAGGUGACAGGCUUGGAUGGAAAUUACCGGAUCACGUGCCACACAGUGAUGGAGGUGCUGCGAGAGCACAGAGACAGCGUUAUGGCCGUGCUGGAGGCCUUCGUCUAUGACCCCUUACUCAACUGGAGGCUUAUGGACACUAACACUAAGGGAACCAAGCGCUCCAGAACCAGAACUGACUCGUACACCGCUGGUCAGUCUGUGGAAACAAUGGAGGGUAUUGACCUGGGAGAGACCACCCACAAAAAGCCAGGAACCACUGUGCCUGAAUCUAUUCACUCCUUCAUCGGAGACGGGCUUGUGCAGCCUGAAGCCUUGAACAAGAAAGCCAUCCAGAUUAUCAACAGGGUGCGAGACAAACUGACUGGACGGGACUUCUCCCAUGAUGAGACACUGGAUGUCCCAACCCAAGUGGAGCUGCUGAUCAAGCAAGCCACAUCACACGAGAACCUGUGCCAAUGUUACAUUGGAUGGUGUCCGUUUUGGUAGAGCUUCACUCAAGCUUUGUUUUGCUGUCUUUGUUCUUUGCUGAUUCUCUAUGUUCUACCGCUGCCAUGUUUGAGUCCGCUGAAUACGCUUAAGAAAAGAGAUCUGUUGCAUGAAAAGACAUUUUAAAGUAUGUCUGACUUUUAUUAAUUUAAUAAUGUUAUACAUAGAAUUCUGCACAAAGUGGAGCAGAAUACUUGAUUGAAGGUGGUGUACAUCUUUGCCAAUAAAUUUUAGAAAAGCC